CGAGCUCAUACGGAAGUAGCCGAAGCGAGGUAGUUGCGGUCGCCAUUUUCUCGGGUAGUCAUCCGAAAUCAUCUUGUCUCUGUCACCACGGUUAAUUUUGACCGUAUUUCGUUCCGGACGGGGUAAAAGACCGCCUCCUGUCCGCCGUAUACGUGCCACGCCGACCGUCGCACCGCAAAUGGCUUGUCUGAACACCCUUAAGCAGGAAAUCAAAACGCUCGAAUCCGUCUUCCCCAAGAGCCAUGAGAGGUUUCAGAUAAUGUCUGCGAGCGUGGACGAACUCAGCUGCAGAUUCGUCGGUAAAAAUGGGAAGAAGUAUGAAAUACACGCCAAUAUCACAGAAACUUAUCCUUCAACGCCACCUGUCUGGUUUGCCGAAUCCGAGGAGACUAGUGUUACGAAUGCUGUACAAAUUUUAAGCAACACAACAGGCCGUGACAACCAUGUAAUCAACCAAGUUGGUAUCCUGUUGAAAGAGUUAUGCAGACUACAUUCUUUACCGGAACCACCAGAUGUUGAAAGGCUGAGAACCGCUUUGGAUCCUUUACGUUUAGGAGGAUCGAAUGAAGCUGUGGCGCAAAGGAUGGAUGCUGAAGACUUAGACGAUAUUGACGAAGAUGAAGAGAGUGAGACUGAAGAAGACCUUCAUCUGGAUAUGGACGAAGGAGACGCUAAUUCUAAAAAUAAAAGUGAAGAAAUGGAUUUGGAACAUCUUGCGACAUUGGAAAGGUUGAGACAGAAUCAGAGACAAGAUUAUUUAAAAGGAUCUGUUUGUGGAAGUGUACAAGCUACCGAUAGACUCAUGAAAGAAUUGCGUGAUAUAUACCGAAGUGACAGCUUUAAAAAGGGAAUGUAUAGCAUAGAACUAGUAAAUGACAGUUUGUAUGAAUGGAAUAUCAGAUUGAUGUGUGUAGAUCCUGAUUCACCACUUCAUAGCGAUCUCAUUCUUUUGAAAGAGAAAGAAGGCAAAGACAGUAUUCUUCUCAAUAUGCUUUUCAAGGAAACUUAUCCGUUUGAACCUCCAUUUGUAAGAGUCGUACAUCCUAUCAUAUCUGGUGGAUAUGUUCUUGUGGGAGGUGCCAUUUGCAUGGAACUUCUUACAAAACAAGGGUGGAGUUCGGCGUAUACAGUAGAAGCUGUUAUAAUGCAGAUUUCAGCGACGUUAGUGAAAGGGAAAGCGCGUAUACAGUUCCAAGGAUCAGGCGGCGCUGGCAAAGUAUGUGGCGGACAAGGCCAAUAUAGUUUGGCACGUGCCCAACAGUCAUUCAAGUCUCUUGUACAAAUACACGAAAAGAAUGGUUGGUUCACACCUCCAAAGGAGGAUGGCUAAUGAACACCAACUGCGGAAAAGUACCGAAAAUAUGAUACAUGCUUACAGCUGAGACUUUAAUUCGGUGUGUGCCCAACAAGUAAUUGUUAUGAUAAUGAUUUGAUACACAAACACAACAGUAACUAGGGAGAGCACCCGGUUCACGCGGAACUUUAAAUAAGCGAUUGAAGUGACUGAAUGUAAAACAUGAUACAAGCAUGUAUGGAAAUUAUUACAUCCACGUGUACCUGGUAACAGAUCUGCGCUCUAAUCAAGACAGAACGACAAGUAAUAGUCUGCGUUUCGCUUGAACCGUGGUAUUUGAUUGCAUCCAUUUGAUACUUGGGAUAUAAUGACUUUGUGUAUCGUGUUAAGUAUAUGAUAUAACUUAACUCUCGUAUUAUAACAUGUUCUGACGAGGGUAUAGACUUCCGGAGCAAAGCAGAGUGCCGUACACGUCGAGAGAAAUCGCGAUUAAAGUUUUUUUAUUUUCUGUUUUUAUCGCAAAUUUUCGUCCAUCUCUCCUUUUUCGCAAACAUUUCGUUAUUUUCUCGACGUGAACGAUGAUAUGUUCCCCGAGUCUAAACCCAUAAGUUAACUUAUGUCUCUACUCUGUCUGCGUACCUAUUUGCGUAAUUAACUCAUUGGUCAACCAAGAGAUCGAUUAUUUUUUGGUAAUCGGUCGCGUCGUCUCAUUGUCAAUAUAAUCUUAAGAUUACUCUACGUAUCUUAAAUCUGCUCCACUUGUAUAUCGUACCAUUAUUGAUUUGAGUGAAAGUUUCCAUAAUUCUAAUAUAUCAAGCAUUAUAUUUUUUCUUUUCUCUUUCUCUCUCUCUUUAUUUCUCUAUCUCUCUUCUCUCUCUUUCUCUCUCUCGUACACCACAAUUUCACGUUAAGUUACGUUAAUUAUUGUUUAGGAAAACGCUACGAAA